AUGAGUUCUUCUUUGGCUAAUAGUCCACAAGUUGCCCACCCCCUCGAUCGCUUUGUUGAAUGGUAUUUCUGUCAACGUUAUAGACGCUCCUCAAUGCUUUGCUCAACUGUAGAACAAAUUCUGCUUUGUUCUCAACAAAGGGGGCAACAAUCAAAAAUGGCAACCGUUGAUGAUUUAUGUCAGGUCAAUAAAGUUCAGAUGGUUUUACUUUUUGAAUGGAUUGAACAGUUAGAUGAAUUUGAGACUUUGGCACAUUCACUUGACAAGAUUCGUUUAUUAAGAACUUUUGCUCCAAAAUAUCUUUUAUUAGAUAUUUUAAUUUAUACAUUAGAGCAAGGAUUUACUGAUUAUAUUUUAUUACCUAAUGGAAGUUAUAUACAUCGACAAAGUUUAUAUUGUGGAAAUCAACAAUCUAAUUAUGUUAAUUAUGAAAAUGGAGGGGCGGAAAUGAGAAAACUGAAAGCUGCAGAAAUGUAA